UCCACAAGGUGGCACUACUGCCAUUAGUUUUACCGGUUAACAAUGUUCCGAAAUCAGUACGACAACGACGUGACAGUAUGGUCCCCCCAGGGACGCAUUCAUCAGAUCGAAUAUGCUAUGGAGGCAGUGAAGCAGGGAGCGGCCACUGUUGGUGUCAAGUCCAGCACACAUGCAAUUCUAGUGGCACUGAAGAGAUCAACGUCCGAGUUGUCAGCGCAUCAGAAGAAGAUCAUUCAGAUUGAUGAUCACGUUGGGAUUUCUAUUGCCGGUCUUACAGCUGAUGCCCGUAGUUUAAGUCGCUACAUGAGAAACGAAUGCUUGAACAACGUAUAUGCCUAUGGCACUCCUCUCCCUGUUUCCAGACUCGUCACUACGGUUGGAAAUAAGUUGCAGGUGUGCACACAGAGAUAUGGCCGAAGACCAUUUGGUAUUGGACUGCUGGUAGCUGGUUAUGAUGAAAUGGGUCCUCACAUCUACCAGACUUGUCCAUCCGCUAACUACUUUGACUGUAAAGCGAUGGCAAUAGGAGCCCGGUCCCAGUCAGCACGGACCUUCCUAGAGAAACACCUAAAUUCCUUCAAGAGCAUUACUAACGUGGAUGAACUCGUGGCACAUGCAUUACGAUCCCUGAGAGACACACUGCCGAAUGAAAUUGACUUGAAUACCAAGAACUGCUCCGUAGCAAUUGUUGGCAAAGAUCAGCCAUUCACCGUGUAUGAGGAUGAAGAUGUUGCUAAAUUCCUGGCACUUAUAGAAGCAGAUGAAAGAAAACCAGUGAGAGUGAGAGAACAAGCUGCAGCCUCCCCAAUGGAUGAUUCAAGAGAUGAUGCAGAGGCACCACCUGCGGUCGAGGGAGAGGAGAGCAUGGAAACAUAACAAGACUAAAAAUAUGUACAUUCUCUUUCUAAAGGCGUGACAGCUUUACUGUGUCACACCUACGAAGCUUGUGUGGCUUUAAAUUUUUGUGACAGCCAUUGAAUGGUUUGUGGCACCAUGUGAUCGAUCCAGGUAGUUAAGGGAUAACUCUUCAGCUCUAAUUAGUGACGUUCUUGUUAUUAAAUUUGUUCAAUACAAUGAAGAAACCUUGUACAGCCAUGGAUUAAUUCAACAGGCAUGGAAAAAUUCAUCGUAACCAAUUAAAAAUGUGAAUAAAAUUGUGAAAAUAAAUUACAAUCUUUCUACAAGGCUAACCUGCGCCAAUACCUGUGGGGGUUGGGCAAACCUUUGUCGCUAAUGAAUAAUGAUAGGGCAACAUAACUGUGUGGAUAAAACAUUUUUCGUGGCUAUUAGAAGUUUGCGAUCAGAUGUCAGAUGGAUGAUAUGGUCAGACGUGUCUCUGCGCAUGCCUACUAUCUACUAAGAGAAUUCACAAUUUGUUGGAAUUAUGUAUUUAAAAAAGGGACAUCCAGAAAUAAGGUUCUAUAAAAGAUUAACGUUUUUUAAAGUCAA